GGCGAGAGUGCAAGUGAGGGGGGAGCUCAAGCUGGAGGAAGACAAGAACCAGUUGUCCAAGGGCUUAGACCCUUGGACUGGCAACCCUACCGCCAGCGCCAGCACCUUGCACUACCUGCUCCAGGAGAAGGAGAGGGCGCAGCAUGAGCAGCUCCAGAUCUACCACCAGCAGCAGGGCUUCGGCAACUUCCUCCACCAGCACCACCGGAGGCAACAGGCGAGGGUGCCGCCGGGAGCCGGCUGCGGCGACGGCGGCGGCAGCAGCGGCGAGUCGACGCCCGUCGACGCGCUGGCCACAGCAUUUGGGGCCGGCCGCAUCGUGCGGUCCGCGGCCGGGCGGAAGGACCGGCACAGCAAGGUGUGCACGGCGCGCGGGCUGCGCGACCGCCGCGUCCGCCUCGCGGCGCACACCGCCAUCCGGUUCUACGACGUGCAGGACCGCCUCGGCUACGACCGGCCCAGCAAGGCCGUCGACUGGCUCAUGCGCAACGCCAAGGCCGCCAUCGACGAGCUCCCCGACCGCGCCGAGGGCCCGCCGCCGCAGCCCGCCGCAACGACGGAGCAGCCCGAGGCCACCGAGCAGGUGACUUCGACGUCCUACGGCUUCGGUAACACCGGCGCCGGCGCCAUGACCAGCGCGGCGUCUGCCGGCUCCUUCCUUCCACAUUCGCUAGGCGCAGAUCGAGUCUCCGACAACGUGAAGUCCUUGUUCCCCUCCUCGUCCACAGCCGCCAGCGGCGCCACCGCCGCCGGACACGACGAGUACAGGGAAUCCCCGCCGGACCUCCUGUCACGCACGACAAGCAGCCAACCUCAGGAGCUAUGCCUCACCCUACAGUCGAACCAGCACCAGAUCUUCAGUCAUGUAUCCGCGAACCAGCACCACGGUAUGAUCUCAAGUGCAGGCGUUCCGGGUUGGCCGGACCACGUCCAGAGAAUGCCGUCAUGGCAUGCCCCAGAGAACAGCACGGGAGACGGCCGCGGCGCCGGAGGCAAUGGCGACAGCUACAUGUUCGCCAUGCCGGCGCGGCAAGGGCUGGACCAGGGCCAGCUCUUCGCCCAUGGGGAACCCCUUCAGUCCAGUAGUAGCGGGUGGGCGUCAGCCCGCACUUGGCUAGACCCCCUCGCAGUCGCAGCUAUCCACCACCAGUCGUCGACAAUGGCUGCCGGACAGGUCGGCUUCGGCCAUCUCGUUGGCGGCGGCGGCGGCGGGUUUAUGGGGUUUCUCGCGCCGGCGGCGCAGCGGCUCCAGGGCGAGGAGGAGCACGGAGGCGAAGCGAUGAGAAGAGAUUAAAGAAUCGAUCGAUGCAUGGCGCGCGCAUGCAGCAGGAGGUGUGUGCUUUCUAUUAAUUAACACACUUCACUGAUCUUAUGUCAUUUCAUGUAGGAUUUUGGCUGAUGAAAUUUCUCGUUGUUAGCUGCUUAUCUUCACGCAUGUGUAACUAAGGCUUAAUUAAUUAUUAAGAGCACGUUCCCUUGGAACUAGACAGUGUUGUUACUGUUGCAUUAGUUGCUAUUGCUGCUUUCCCCUUUAUUCUCUCGGCAUGGACAAGAGAUGUGAUAAUGAUGAGAUGAUAUGGUCUAUGAUCUUGAUGGC